CGUGAGCGCGCAGGGAACAGGUGGUGUUCCCCGCGUAUCGCCAGCACAAAAUGAGGUCAUUGUUCGGGCGGCACGUUAAUCAUUUCCAGCGUUCAUGAUAGCUGCCAAUGAUCACGGAAGAAGCUCAAGUCCCCGUUUAAAGACACUGAUCGAAACGAGGAAAAGAAAACGAAACAGCAUAUUCUGUUGAAGUUAACUCCACCUGGUGUGCCUCUUUAACACGAUGCCUGAGGUGAAGGAGGUGUCCGGAGCCCAGCCCCCUGUGACGGUGACCUCUGACCCCAUCACUGCCGUCGGGGUGGUGGCGUCCAAAAGCGGCGCCCCUGCAGACUUCUAUGUGGUUGCACAAACAACAGAUGGCGGUGAUGCUGACCUCUGGAAGGACGGCUUAUUCAAAUCCAAGGUCAAGCGCUUUCUCUGUUUCUCCCGAGCAUCCCCUCAACACGUGCAUGAGGAGAGAGUGCUGGUGGACUUGAAGCUCGUCGACCUCAAGGACGUUCUGCCUGCGGAUUUUUACCCCAUCCAAGAAACCAUGGACACCAGUAAGCCCAACCACUCCCUGGACCCCACUCUCCCUCUUUUGGGCUGUGGUCCGGUGCUGUAG